GGUUCAAACGGCACGAAGAUGGCCACCGCGCGAGAAGCCCUCGGCGCGCGGUGACGACAACAAACAACCGAACAACAACAAACAACCGAACAACAACCAAACAACAGCCGAACACAACAAGUAGACGAGGGAUGGCGGCGCACCACCAGCUGGUGUUCCUGGUGGAGGCCGCGUCCGCCGCGGAGGCCGCGCGCGCCGCGGUGCCGCGGCUGCUGGGAGCGCUGCGCCGGCGCCUCGGGCCGGACGCCGUGAGCUGGGGCCUGGGCCGCACGCCGCACGCCGCCUCGGCCUCCUCCUCCUCGGCCUCCUCCUCCUCGGCCUCCUCAGCCUCAGUGUCGUGUUCAGCUGCCGCGGCUUCUCUGGUCGCGUGCCGCGUGCGCGAGUUCAGAGACGUGAGCAGCCGCGCGUUGCAAGCGCUGGACGCGGAGCUGGGGGCGCUGAGCCGCGGGACUGGUGGAGGCGGUGGAGGUGGUGGCGGUGAUGGAGGCGGUGAUGGUGAUGGAGGCGGUGAUGGUGGUGGUGAUGGAGGCGGUGGAGGUGGCGGUGGUGGAGGCGGUGAUGGUGAUGGAGGCGGUGCUGGAGGCGGUGGUGGUGGAGGCGGUGAUGGAGGAGCCGCAAGAGCCGGCGCGAAUGGUCGAGGCUGCCGAGUUUGUCUUGGCGGUGGCGACGGCGCGGCCGGUGGUGUGUGUGGGCCCGCUCGAGACCGUGACGAGGGCCGCAGUGGUCGCGGCUGCGUCCGGGGCUCCGACGCUGCCGGCGACUCCGCUGGGAAAGUUCCGUUCGGUGGGAUCGGGCCCCUCCGUGCCGCGCUGCGAGAGGCGCUGCUCGGCUUCCCGUGGGACCGGCCUCUCAUCGCUUCGCCCGUGAAGACGGCGGCGAAGAGGAGAGCGAACGGGCAGAGGCGAGACGGGGGCGACGACGAGGAGUCGGGCGAGGCCACGAAUCUUCUGCUGCUGCUCGCGCCGUGUCCGCAAAGCCGCGAGGCGCUCGCCGCCUUCCUGGGGCCCGGGGUCGAGGCUCGAACGGCCCUCGGGAACCUCCUGGCCACGAGCGGAAGCAUUCGGCUGCACUGGAUAGACACCACGACUCUGGCGGAGGUGCUGGGCAGCCCGGACCGCGAUGGUGCGGCAAUGGUGGCAGAAGCCCUGAGGCCAAGCGGCAGCCUCAUCCCGCUGGAGGCCCUGCUGCUGCUAGCGGGUGACGGGCACCACCAGGACGGCACGGAGACGGAGCCGGUGCCGAAACUGCUGCCGCGGAAUGGUGCCGGUGGGAGCGCCGGCAAGAAAAUGUGGCGACGGUGGCUCACGGCGGACACGACCUUCCCUGCGCCGGCGCUGCUGGGUCACUACCUCACCAAGGGGGGUCGCCCCGCCAAGCCGGCUGCUGCACCGCUGGUGCCGCUCGUCGUCAGAGAUGCCGGCGGCGCCGACCGCCUUUGCUGCAGCCUGUCCUUGGUGCUCGCCACUGCCGCGUCGUCGCCCCCAUCGCCCGUCCGCCUGCUCCUGCGUGGGACUGUGGAGCGGCCGGCGCUGGGCGCGGGCGGCCUGGGCGUGACACGAGCCUGGGUGGCGUGUCCUGAUGGGGAGGGUAGUGCCGACGCCGCCACCGCCGGCGCUACGAUGGGGGACGUGGCGUCUCGGGAGGAGUUCAGCUUCCCUGAGACGAUGAGAACUCUCGCCUCGCUGGAUUUACUCCUGGUGGUGGAGGUGCUCAUGACGGGGUGCGCUGUGCCUGCGCUCGGCCUGCUCUACCCAGCCACCCCCACUGCGGCGCUGCUCUGCCUCAUCCGGUGCGACCGCACGCUGAGCCCGCAGCACGGACACUCCCAGCGGCAGGAGCGGCAGGGGGACGUUCCACCCAUCCCCCCGUUCCAGCCUGACGCCCGUGGGGAAGAGUCGCUCCUCGGCUGCCUCGAGCGAGCGGGCGGCGGUUCGCAGCCCGACUGGAGGACGUUUCUCUCGGCUGCCACUGACCCCGAGCCUGGGUUGCCAGACUUCUUUGCGGGAGAAGCAGUGGGCGGUGGUGGAGGCGGUGGCGCUUGCGUGGUGGAGGAGCGCUACCCGGAGCUCGCGGGGGCCAGCGCGGCACUGGCGCAGGCGUGCCGGUCCCUCGCGGUGGCGGAGGAGGCUGCGGGAGGUGUUCCCGCGCGUGGCGAUGGCGGCCGCUCCGACCCGGGCAGCGCCGAACUCGCGCUGAUGCUCGGCGCGCUGUACAGCUCGGCGUGCGAGGAGGAGGGGCAGGGCGCGUUUGAGCGGCGUGAGGAGCAGGGUAAGGUGCGCACGCCGGUGCGGCAGAAGCUGAAGACGCAGAACCGCGCGCUGCAGAUGGUGAACGUCGCUCGGAUCAACGUGCGCUCCCAGCGCUGCCGGGUCGAUGCCGACGACGCCGCCGUCCCCCCCACGGGCUGCCGCCGCCGCUCCGGCAAGAAGCCGGCGCUCUCCAGGAAGGAGCUCGAUUUUGAGGACGAGGACGCGAUGGCGUCUCGCCUGAGCCAGGACUACGUGCUGCACGUCGCUGACGAGGGCCGGGCGCUGCCGGCGUUCGCCAGCAGCGCCGUCGCCAUCGUGUGCCGCUUCCUCAAGGCCCAGGGCUCAAGCGACAUCGAGCGCCGGUGUGCCACUCUGCUGCGGGACAAGCUGCUGCGCGACGGGCGGCAGCUCCGGCAGCGGCGCUCGGGGGGCGGCGACGACGACGACCGCGACGGUGUCAGCAGCAGCCCGCGGUCGCGCACCCGAGAGUGCUGCCUGCAGUCACUGCUGCGCCUCGAAAUGCAGGCGCAGUUCCGCUCCCUCGAGUGCGACGACGACAACAUUGUGGACGAGGUGACCGACUUGCUGAGGACGAUCUCGCUCACGACGGACCCUGGCUUCCUCAACAAGUUCCUGAGCGAGGAGGUCCUGGAUCGGUUCGCGAGCCGCGUCCCUAGGGUGCUGGGAGCCCUCUACUCCAACCUGGGGCAGGAUGUCCCCCGCAGCCUCCGCCAGAUGCUGCCGGACGACUUCUUCAGCGAGGACUCGCCCUCGCAGGAGGACGAGGACGACGAUGACGGAGGAGCGGCGGUGGCGCCGGCGAGUGGCGGCGGCGGGGAUCUUUCCGUGUCGUCGUCGCACCGCAGCGAGAUCGGCGAGCGCCGGAGUCGCAGCCGGGCGCUGGUGCGGCACCCCAGCGUGUGCGAGGCGGUGCAGAGCCGGCGCCAGAUCGAGGUGCCGAGCCGUGCGGUGAGGAAGGAGAGAUCGCUCCGGAGUGGCUCGUCCGCCUCAUCCGCCCCGGUCCCCACCGCUCCGGACGCAGCGAAGGCCGAGACGUCCGAAGACGUCACCACCAAGGUGCGGAGGAGUCUGUUCAGCCAGGAGCUCGGCUCGCCGGGGCGCAAGCGGCCGCGCUCCCAGCAGCAGCACGGACGCCCCGGCUCCUCGAGAGGCGCUGUGAAGCUGCUGACGCGGCAGGUGGCGGAGACGCCGUCGCACAAGCAGUGCUCCCAGCGGCUGCUCAAGGCGCAGGUCAAGGGCAGGGAGCAUGGUGCGUGCGACGGCGCCAGCGUCACCGUGGUGCAGGAGUCUCCGUGCAAGCCUCUCCACCGAGCCGCGGGCACCCAGGACGUGCGCCGCAGCCCGCGGCUCCACUCGCGCCGCUCCUCCUUCUACGCCGCCUCUCAGCCGCUCUCUCGCGCCGCCGCCUCCGUCUCAACGCAGGAGGCCGCCGCCGCCACGCAGGGCAGCCAGGCCGGCAGAGAACGCUCCAUGUCGCCGCGUAAGGCCGCCGCCUCCUCCUCCGCAGCUCCGUCUCCACGCAAGCUGCUGUUUGCGGCGACCCAGCAGAGCCCCGACGCCAUCGCCUCCGACCCACGGCCGUCCCGGCAUCUCGCCGGCGGGGCCUUCCAGCGGGACGGCGCCCUCCUGGGCCGCGUGCGCAGCCCCUCGAAGCUGUCGCGCCGCCUCUUCGCCCCGUCGAGCGCCAGCGCCGCCGCCACCACAACCGGGCCGCGGCCGUCCGCCGGCCCCUCCGGCCCCCCGCGCGCCAGCGCCGCCAGGAGCCGGCGCUCGCGCCGCACUCCCUCCAAAGUGCGGUUCGAAUCGAGCUCGACGACGACGACGACGGAGCCGCCGCCGCGGUCACGCAGCCCCCGCACGCCGUCGCGGGCGCCGGGGCGCGCCGACGACGACGGCGGCCCGGCACCCUCCCCGCCCGGCACGCCGCCCCCCUGCCGCAGCCCCCGGUUCUCGCGAGGCUUCCCCUGCACCCCCGGCACCCCCGGGACCCCCGGGACCCCCGUGUCCUCUACAAGAUUGCCCCGCCGCCUGACCCCCACGCCCCAGACUCCUCGCAGCGGUCGCGUUCCUGGAACCCCCGAGACCCCCGGUGUGGGGCACGUGGCGAGGACCCCUCGCACCCCUCGUACCCCACGCACCCCUCGUACCCCUCGUACCCCUCUCACCCCUCGCACCCCUCGUACCCCAUGUACCCCACGCACCCCUCGUGCCCCUCGCGCCGUGUCGAUGGAGCGUGGCGUCGUCCCCUGGACGCGUCCACGCCAGUCUCCCGGCGGCGGCGGGAGGCGGGCGCCGGCUCGGUGCUUGCCGCGAACGCGCAGCGAGUGCUCGGACCUGCUGCGCUCGCCCCUGAUGACCCCGGCCAAGAGGCAGCUGGCGCUUCCGCCAGAGUUCCCCGGCGGAGUCGGAGAGGGGCGCGACGAGAGGCCCGCGCCGAAGACGCCAAAGGAACGACCGCCAGCGCCGCUCGGAGGCGACGCCGCCGCCGCCGCCGGCAAGACGCUCGCGAGGGGCUCACGGGAAUCGCCGCCGACGCCUCCACGCGUGCCGGAGCACGGAGUUGGGACGGCGUCACGGGCGCCAGCACCGGAGAUCAGGAGGUCUCCCAGGAGGUCUCCCAGGAGGUCUCUCGGGAUGUCUCCCGGGAGGUCUCCCGGGAGGUGCCCGAGCGGAGGGGGCGCCGGCGCUGGAAGCCGCGUGGAGACGGCGCGUGGAGACGGCAGGAGGAGUGGCUCGGCCGACCGAGGGGCGGCAGAAAGGGGUGCGGGAGAACGUGGACAGGAGCCGGAUGGUUUCGCUUCCAGAAACGCUGCGAGAGGGGGGAGAUGGAGCGAGGAGGAGGAUGUGGAGGAUGAGGAGGAUGAGGAGGAGGACGCGUUGAACGAGAUGACGCUUUCCUCGUCGCCCGCCGGUGCCGGGAGCCUCGCGUCACCCGAGUGGGAGUUGGCGUCGCCGCGCGGCAAGCGAGAGGGCGUGGGCGUGCGCCUGCGCCGAAAGCCGACGGGCGCCGGCGGGGCGCCGGCGGAGACCUUGCUGGAGCCGCCGCGGCCGUCGCCGCUUCUUACCCCCCCCGGCGGCGGCGGCAGCUACUCCCUGCGGCUCACGGUGGACCGGAGGCAGCGGCGCGCCGAGGCCUUGCAGUCCUCGCCGGCGGCGGCGGUGGCCGCUGGCGCCUGGCACCCAAGCGCCACUAAGGACGCUCGACGCCAGUGCGAGGAGGAACCGUCGCCGCCGGCGCUGCUGCCGCGGGGCUCGGGGCCGCUCGAGCCGCGGCUGAAGCGCGCCGGCUCGUGGGAAUUGAACGAGGACGGCCGGGACCGACCGCGGGCACCGGUCGACGACGACACCGCCGCCGCCACAUCUCACCACCGCUGCGGCCGGCACUCGUCGCACCGGCGGCUGGCGGAGGCCGGGGAUCAACGUACGCCGCCGUCGUGCCGCGUGCGCCGAGCCUCGGCCUCCCCGAGCCCGCGCCGCGUGCAGACUCGCAUCUGCCACGCGCUCACGCCGCCCGCGUCGUCCUCCACGCCCCCGCAGAGCGCCGGCAGCGCCGCGAGCGCCGCGUCGCCCGCGCAGAGUCCAGCCAUCCGGCGGUGGCCUCGCAAGAAGCGGGCGGGCGGCGGCGCUUCUCCCGCGGCCCCCGGACUCAAGCCGGCGCCGUGGGACGGCGGGCUCGGCGCGGCGGAGGCGGACGGCGUGUUUGCGCUGCCCGACAGCUCCCCGCCGAGGGAGGCGACGUGGGGAGCCCGGUGGAGCGGCGGUGCCGGAUACGGCCUGGGCUCCCGGUGGGGCGGCUCCGGCGGCGCCGGCUUCGGCCUGGGCUCCAGCAGGAAGAGGCGAGCCGGCCGCUGCCUCUCUUCCCCGGUGGAAGAGGAGGAGGAGGAGGGCGGCGACGCCGCGGUGCCGUGGGCGGCGCCGCAGUUGGCCAAGCGGCCGCGCUCGGAGACGGAGCGGGGCUGGUCCUCCCCGAGAGGGAGCGCCGCCUUCUCGUUUACCGCCACCGCCGGCGGCGCCGCCGGCGGCAGCGACGACAACGUCUUCUCGAGCCCCGCAGGUGGGUGCCAGGAGGGCCGGCGCACGGGGAUCAGGGGCUUGACCGGCUGCUCGACGGCUCUUGGCACGAAUUGGCCAGGGGACGGCCGAGGCGCCGAUGGGUUCUGAAAUCUG